AUGAGUCGUCCAAAGACGAAGAAGAGUGCCGGCGGAGACGCUUUGGCGGACAUGAUGGAAAGGACAACAUUGUGCGUUUCAGGUCCUGAGCCAGGUAUAGCUGCACAUGAUGGUGACAAGGGCUUCCGCGAAACCGUUCAGCAACACUAUUCUGUACUGGAGAACAAUGUCGUUGAGCAGCUUGUACGGCUGAAGCAAAGUCUCAAGGAGGCGACUACCUAUGAUUUCUGGAGCUUGCUCAUGGAGGGUAUGACAAGUAUUACCGGCGCUCAAUACGGCUUCGUAACGAAACGAAUUUUGGUAGAUGAUCAAAAUUCGGCAGUUGAGAUGCCACCAAUUGGAGAACCUGGAUCAUGUCUGCUAGGCGUCGCCUUCUAUUACAACGACGGUGCACAGCUCAAGAAUCUUCAUCGAGAUUACAAGUACCUGGCCUAUGGCGCCCCUUGUCAUAACAUGAAACAUGACAAAGUGUUUCUGAUUCCCGAGGGACUACAACAAUUCGUCCUCAACAAUCCCAACGAGUUUCCCUUCCCUACCGAAGCCUACCUCGGAGUGCCUUUAUUCGCCGAGGGAAAGUGCUUUGGACACUUUGGCAUGAUGUGGACGGCCAAAGGUGUGGAGAACCUCAGGUUAGGCUGGGGCUACAUUGAGCUGCUCUUGCAUGCACUUGAAGACAUCAUUCUCGAACGACUCGUGGAUGGACAGAGCUACGCCAAGGAUGUUGAAAGGAACAAGCUUGGUAAAGUCAUACCUACUGAAGCGGUCACAGCUGCACAGUCAUUGAAGCCAUACGCUCGAAGUUUGUCUCAUGAGUUGCGAACCCCGAUGCAGGGUGUCGUGGGAAUGCUCGACGUCAUGCACGCAACGGUCCAAGAAUCUUUAGAAGGUCAAUCCGAUGCGUCCGUCCGCAAAGUCUUCAAAACAUUGCGGGACAAUAUUGAGGUGGUCCAAGAUAGCUCACGAAGAGCCGUAGAAGCUGCUGAUAAUGUGGUCCACGCAUACGAUUUGAACAUGCAAGUGCCAGAUACGCCCAAUCCGCCCAAUGACGACGAGAGUAUGGAUGGGAUGUCAACGGUCUCAUACAAUGGUAGAAGAUCAAGUAUAAGCAUCGACGGGAAGAGCAUCUUCUUUCGGCGAAGCAAACGACAGAGGACAAGCGACUCUGGCAAUAGCGGCCCAGUCACCAAGCAUCGGCACUUGCAGUCUCAGAGCUCAACACCGCGCGGAGAACUAUCACCACAUAUAGCAUCUCUGCGGACGGCCGUUGAAGAAAGCGACAGUAAUACGGGUGGUAUGGAAGAUUUCACUGAGCCAACUCCGGCUCUCAUUGAGCCGGAGAAUGCAUUCGAAUUAUCCGAGCCUGAAUACACCGUGACUCCGAGCCUGAGGCACACCAAAGUCCGUGAUCUGCUGCAUAUGACCAUUAACGACUGUUUGAGAAAUGGAGGGAGACCAGAGUCUGCAAUUGCGGAGGACAUCGACGGCGGUGAGAUAAUCGAAGUCAAGACCAGAAGCUCGAAUGGGGAUUCUCGUACCAAAAUCAUUGAAUGGUCGGUGGAUCCCCAAGUCCCAGAGACAGUAUUAGUCGAUGAACGGGAUCUAUUGAAAUUAGUUUCCUGUAUUUUCAUGAACGCCGUCAAAUUUACGGAGGAGGGCAGAAUAUCACUGAGGGCAACCCUGACUCCCAAAGCUAAAUUCAUCGUUAUCAACGUGGUCGAUACAGGUCCUGGUAUUCCCCAGGCCUUCCAACCUUAUCUAUUCAAGGCUUUCUCUCGAGAAGAUGACUCCCUCACACGGCAAAAGGAAGGCUUAGGCCUAGGGCUGAUGGUUGCCAAGGGUCUUGCCCGCAGAAUUGGCGGAGACCUGCAAUGUGUAAGGACUGAUACCGACGGUCCUCGACGCGGUUCUGAAUUCGAGCUUCGAAUACCGCUUUCCUACACAGAUCCGGACAGCAGGGCAACAUCUCCAGGCCGCGCGUCUACACCAGCCCGUCUUCCUGCUAGCGAACCCAUUGCCAAAUCUCGUGCCCGGCGAACAUCCUCCAUAGAUCAUCGGCGCACGUCCCGCAGCCGCCAUACUCCCACAGCUAGCAAGACACCCGACCUUUUUGAAUUCAAGGCCACCUCGCCCCUUGGCCCUUCAUCGUUUUCCCGUCGUAAUAGCCUCUCUCAACAAGCCCAAGUUACCCCUUCCCGCCGGCCUUCGACAAAGAAAUCACCAACGUUUGAUCGCCACCUUGCUAAGAAGCAUCCUCUUACUUUUUUAGUUGCAGAGGACAACAAAAUAAAUCGCAAGCUCCUCGUAAACAUGCUUGGGAAACUCGGUUACACAGGCGUGCACGAAGCCUACGACGGCGCCGAGGCCGUGCGUCAGAUGAGCGUUGACAGGAUUGCGCGCGGCGAGAAGCCCAUAGAUGUUGUUCUGAUGGACUUAUGGAUGCCGAAUAUGGACGGGUAUGAAGCUACUCGAAGGAUAUUUGCAAUGGAAAAAGAGCAAGAGAGGAAGGGAGAGAAAGGCUUCGAGGAAGACGACGAUGACGAUGGAAGAAAGAGAAGAAAGCAGGUUAAAGGUGUUACGGUGCUGGCUGUUAGUGCGGACGUGACAGACACUGCAUUGGAAAAGGCGCGGGAGGUGGGAAUGGAAGGGUUUAUGACGAAGCCUUACAAGCUGCUGGAUCUGCAGAGAUUGGUUUUGGAGUAUUGCUCCGGCGAUAAAUGA